AUGACCAAAGCUAAACCGGGCUUUUUCAUACGACAAGCCAUUAAACGUAUCGAGGCCCAGGCGGCCGAAACCUCGGAAGACAUAAUGCUAUGGGCGAACGAGCUGGCACGAGAAGCUGUGUUGAGAUACCGGGAGUAUGGAUAUCUGCGGCACCACCUUAGUGCGCCGGAAUUGAAGCGCUUUGAGAAUUGGAAGAAUGACUUCUUGAGGCUAUACGAGCGUACGGCGCGGGGCCCCUCUUAUGUGACGCCCGAGAGGCUGGAUUGGAUUAUGGACCGUCAAUCCAUCGAACAUACGCUCGAAAAUUGGGCAUCAUGGCCUAUCCAGAAGAGGACCGAGCCGGAAAGUUGGCAUACGCUCAUAUUUUCUGCGUUGUGGUCUUGUCCUGACCGAGCGCUGUCUCUCCUUGAGGUUACAACUGAGGACUUUAUACCACCUGGCUAUGCUCUCCAGGACGCUAUCCACUUUCUCGCCAAAUGGCAACGUCAGAAGCUAGCUGGCGAGAAGCGUACAUCUCACGCCGAGGCUCUGUGCAAGUUUGUUAUCACGAUUAUCAACAAGACGCCUCAAAAGCAUGUUCGUAUACGGCAAAACACCAUAUACAACCUAAUAAGAACCACCAGCAUCGAAGGUAUUGAGGCUCUUUAUCACUGUCUGAAGGAAUAUCGUCACAAUCUACAUCGCCAUACGCUGUUUUGCAUGGCCAAGCGAAUUGCGAGGACGCCGCAAACCAAAACGCUUGCUUUGCAGAUGGCCGUCGAAGCCGUUGAGAAAGGAGGCGCAGAUCUCAACUCAGGCCAGUGGAUAAGCCUUUGUACCAUCAUUCUUUCUCUUCAUCCCGAGCAUAUCAAAACAAGCGACGAAUUCUCCGCUGCAGACGCAUUCAGCGUCCUCCUGGAGCAUGGCUUCGUCCCCAAUAUGAUCAGCUACACAGCAUUAAUGAGGUCAUUGUGCUUGACGGGUCAGACCGAGAAGGCCUGGGAGGUUUUCCAGGUCAUGCAACGGCACGAUAUCAAGCCGGAUACCAUCAUGUGGGCGACCCUUCUCGAUGGAGCCAAGAGGGCUCUUUCGGCGUCUACCAUCGAAAUGAUCGUAGCAGGUGCUGCCGAGUCCAAUGCAAUCGACGUGGAUUUCAUUAACGACUUGCUGUUUUCUCUCCUUCACUUCUCCGAGACAGAGACUAGGGAGAAGAAAAAGCCUGUUCACGGCUCUGUCCCGGCCUUCAGGCCAAUGCUCCACUUCUACUCCAAGAUCUUCCACCUUGCACCUCUGCAGUCUCUUAUCCCGGUCAACCUCUCCCGUUACCUCGAUGCCUCUCGGGGCUUGGAGAUGCCCCCGGACUGGCAACUGGCCCGGCAGUUGUUUCCUGCGCUAGACGCGGCCAUGUCUGCAGUCCCGCACAAGCUGAACCCGACGGGCGCCACAUUGGGCAUCAUGUUCAAUGCCUAUGUGAAGAGCCUCUCACAGCCGAUCAGCCUGAUAUCGCUCUACGCCUACUUUAGACAGCUCAUCUCCAAGGGCAACCCUGUCGCGACAAAUUUUGUCCGAGAGAAAGGCACUUUCGUGUACGACGUCGUCAUCAAGGCGCUGUGCGAGUCUCCGGGCAUGCUACGCGCGGCCCUGGAUAUCAUCGGCGACAUGCUGAAGCACACGCUUAACGCGCGAAGCAAGUCAGUCAGCGAUUCGAAGGAACCAGCUGUCGAGGCUGCUGCCGCUGCGCCGUUGUCGCCAUCGCCACCGCUUUACCCGGCCCCGAGCAUCUUCACCGCUGCGCCGUCGUCGCCAUCGCCACCGCUUCACCCGGCCCCGAGCAUCUUCACCUGGAGCAUCCUCUUGCAUGGGUUUAUGUUACACAAGGAGAAGGCCUCAGGGGAGCGCAUCCUCGCCAUGAUGCGUCAGCACGGCGUGAAGCCGAACCUCGUUACGUGGAACACCUUGAUCUCAGGCCAUGCGAAGACCCAGGACGUCGGCAAGACGGUGCAUUCACUGCAGCGGCUCGAGAUGGCCGGGUACGAGGCAGACGAAUACACGCUGAAAGCGUUCUCCAAGUUGGUGAAUAGGGAGACUGCUCUGAGGAUGAUGGAGGAGAGCAUCGAUGCGAAGAAGAGGAGCGAGGCGAUGAAAGUAAGGCUUGUGCUUGAUGCUGACGCCGAGCUGCAACUAUGA